AUGCUCCAACGUGAAAGACCCAGACUAAUUGAGACUAGAAAUUACAAAGAUUUUGAGGCUGAAAUUUUUUUAUAUGAUUUGUCAAAUCAACCUUGGGAUAAUAUUAAACAACUUGAUGAUCCCAAUGAGAUGUUAUCGACUUGGAAUACGUUAUUUCUAAAUACAUUAAAUACUCACACACCUAUAAGAAAACGUGUCCGAAACACAGAGGCACCCUGGAUUACUCCUGACAUUAAAAAGCUCAUGUUUAAAAGAGAUAAUUUGAAGAAAAAAGCUACUGUAUCUGAAACUAGUCGCUCUUGGGAGCUUUACCAAAAAGCAUGGAAUAAAACAAACAAUAAAAUUCAGGAAGCGAAAUUAUUAUAUCAAUAUUAUAUUAUAUUAAUACAAGUAAAGGUAACUCAAAAGCAACUUGGAAGAUAGUAAAUAGCAUGCUAGGCAACAUAUCAAAAAAUACUAUAAUUGAGAGUAUCAUGGUUAAUGACAAUCAUACACAACCCAGUGAAAUAGCUGAAUUAUUCAAUGAACAUUUCACAAAUGUCGGACAUGAUUUAGCACAUCAAAUUCCACCUAUCCAAGAUCAGCCGGACAAAUUCAUACCUGAAAUAAGCACUGUUUAUGCUUUCAAAACAACUGAACCUAACAAGGUUUUGAUUGCUAUAAAUAAACUAGCUGCAACUAAAGCUUCAGGAAUUGACAAACUUCCUACAAAAAUUUAAAAAAUGGCAGCUCCGAUUAUUUCAGAAUCACUAGCAUCUACUUCAAUGUAUCUUUAAAGAAUGGCAUUUUCCCAAAUGACGUAAAAGUUGCCAAGGUGUCGCCUGUCUUUAAAACUAGUGAUAGAAAAGAUAGAAGUAAUUAA